AUGUCAGAUCAAAGUCCAGCGAAUCCAUCCCAGUCCAAGCGGACCAGACCGGCAGGUCAAGAACCGGAGCCAAACUCCGAACAUCCAGUAUUCCUGGAUACCGUGAACAAGCGACGGCGCCUAGAUCCGGCGCCCAGUGUGGACGGAGGGGGAAGCGAUGUUGCGCGAAUUGGUCUCUCUGACAAUGGGCCGCCUGUGGUGAGGCAUGGUAUCAUUGAGGAUCUCCAGGACCGCGUGUCCAGACUCGAGCAGGCUUUGCUCGCUCAAAGCACCAGCCGCAGUGGCGAGCCGCCCGUCACCCACAGUCUGCGGAUUCAUCCUCCAUCAGACGGCUUUGUCGACACUGAAAAGUCCUCGACCAGGCCUGGUCAGAUGAGCUCACAGUUCAACGACGCUUGCACGUUCAUGACCAGGCUGCAGUAUGAUUCAACCACUCCCAGGCUGGCAGCGCUGCGAAGAGGACUGAAAGAUUUGCAUUACUCUGUCGAGAAGAAUAACAAGGGUCAACACACCACCCAGCCGCAGUCAGUUUCCUCAAUCAGCGAGCCUUCUCUCCAACUGCCGCCGUUCGAUGUGUGCGAAAGGCUGGUCGUUCUCUAUUUCGACAAUCUGGAACAUUGUUUUCGGAUUCUGCAUUUCCCCGAAUUUAGAGAUCAGUUGCGCAUCUACUUUUCAAGGGGCGAGCACGCAUGCAGGUUUGGUUUUGUUCCGCAGCUGGUCGGUGUGCUGGCACUCGCCGUCACUCUUGGUACCCAUAGGGAAUGUGAAGCAGCUCGAUCAUGCCUGGCCAUCAAACCUGACAAUGCACUGCAAUUAAUGAAGGACUUCCUCCGAGGUCUCCGGGAUACUGAGAGAUACCGGUUACCAGCUUUGCAGGUCAAGAUGCUUCUCUCCAUUUGCAGCUGGCUGAAUUUGGUUCCGAUGGACGAUCUUUUCCGCCUGAAUGGUGAACUUCUUCGAGAUGCCCUGGUGAUGAAGAUGGACCAAGACCCCUCGACCAUAGCAGGGAUUACCGUCUUCGAAGGAGAGCUGCGGCGCCGCACAUGGAUGACGAUCGUGGAGUGUGACCUCAUGCUGUCGAUUCUGUGCAAGAUGCCAUGCCUGGUGCCUCCAUACACCUCCAACCCGCCCCGAAAUGUCAAUGAUGAUGAGAUAUUCGAGGGUAUGGAAUCCCUGCCUCAAUCACGACCAACACAGGAUUGGACCGAUGGUUUAUGUCAAUUUCUCCUCGCGCAGUCGUUUCCGCGCCGGGUUGUGGCCUGCAAACAAAUCGACGACGCGACCCAUGUCAAGAUCCAAGACCUCCUCCAGCACACUCGGUACCUGGAGAAAGUGCUCCAAGAUCUCCCCCCGCCAUUGCGCUUCAACUAUACGGGUGACGCGGCGAGCAAGACCCCCUCUCGACUGAUGGCCCGGAUGGAACUUGACAUCAGCAUCAGACGACCCCUGAUGCACCUGUACUCGCGCUGCAUUCUUUCGCCCGACACAUGUGAGCUGGAGCGGGAAGUGCGGACCGGCUACCUCCAGAGCUGCCUCAUGCUCACCAACUACCAAGACCUGUUCGAUCCGCAGUACUCUGAGCUCAACGUACCCCGUCCGCAAGGCUACUGGGACUUUUUCUACACCUGCUACCGACAGGAACUGGGCCACGCCAUCCUGGGGCUCUGUCUCGAGAUCGAGAAGCUCGGCUCCUCCGCCAGUCGGUCGAGUAGCACGCAGCCACCAGCUCCUGCGGCACUGUCGCCGGACGGCCCCAACGACGGCGUCGUCAGAACGCCCUCGUACACGCAGAACAGUCUGAUCUACGCAGCCAAAGAUGCCGUCGAACCAAUGACCCGCCGCCUGCCCUACCGCGGCUCCAAAGUCAAAGACAUAGUCUACUACAACAUCAUCCUGACAUCAUUGCUGCCGCUGCCACAGCAAAACCCUGGAAGCACCGGCGGGCAGGACAAGGACGCCAUGAUCCUAGAAAGACUAGAGGAGCUGGUCUACGAAUGUCGCGCCGAGCUGGAACGAGCUGGCGUCUCAAUCAUUGCGGCCCCUCCGUCCUCCGAGCCGACUUCUCAGCCUCUUCCUCCUCCUCCCUCCACGACGACGACGACCUACACGUCCUGUAUCGGCACCAGUUUCGACCCCGUGUGGGAGUGUUUCCCAAAGAUUGACAUUUUCCGAGAUGUCGAUCCAGACGAGUCGUCGUAA